GUGAUUUCACUGUUCGUACAGUAGGCUAUUCCACACCAGAGAGUGAGUUGUGUUAUUUGUGCCUGUUAUUUUUCCUCAUAUAACGUUGGUGUCAAACUCAUUUCCUGGAGAGCAGCUCUGCACAAUUUAGCUCCAACCCAAUUCAAACACACCUGAUCCAGCUAAUCAAGCUCUUCAGGAUCACUAGAAACUUCCAAGCAGUUGUGAGUUAGAGCUAAACUCUGCAGACCUGUGGCCCUCCAAGAAUCAGAUUUAAGAAAAUAUUCUCAGAUAUGGAGUCAAAUCAUAUGAACUAUCAAUUAAAGUUUGACGUUACUUGACAUUAUUUUUUUUUAUAAAACAAUUAAAUAACUCAAACUACUGUUGUAUAAAUGUAGUGUUCACAGUUGUUCUGAUGUGCAGAAUAUCAGCGUUAAUUUCACAGAAGAAUGAAGAUCAGAAACUGUCAGAGAUCUACAGUAAUUCACAUAAAAUAUGUAAAAAAUUGCCAUUGGCGCUCAUUUUCAUCAAACUGAAGUCAUUUCCAGCGCUCCAGUCCAGCAGGGGGCGGAAGUGCGUCAUAUGUUGCUCAGAGCUCACGACGGAGAUGUUGAGCAUGAAAGCGCAGGUGGAUGUGGUCUGCUGUAAAUCAGUAGGAACUGAUCUGUCCAUGCUGGAUAUUGAGGAUUUCAUCACAGAAAUCUGUCAGCUGAAGAAAGAGGUGGCUUCACUGGAGGCAAAGCUGAGAGAAAGAGGAGACAAACUGAACAGAGAGGUUUGAACAGAUCUUCAUUUCAUCUUUAGCUGCUAAUAUGGACUGAUUGUUGUGUGAAUCAAUGUCUUAUUGUUAAUCAUACUCUCACUAGAUAUAUUACUGAUUGUGUUUGUCAGGAUGUGGAGCAGGUUUGGGUGCGUGAGACUGAUGGGACAGAAGCUCAGGAUUCAGUCUGGAGCGUCAGAGAUCAGAGAUCCAGAGACACACAGGACUCAGAGCUCAGCCUCACUUUACUCUGUUAUACUGACGCUCAGGAUCAUGAAUCCACUGAUCAAACCUCUGACUGUAACGCUGGAGAACAGCAGAUGCUGCAGACGCCGCUGAAGAUGUGCUCCGUCAAACUGGUGGACUGCAGGAACCUGAUCGAGAGCAGAGGAGAAGAAACCACCACAGAGAAACAACAACAACACACUGAUGAGGAGGAGGAGGAGAAUAAUGGGGAGGAUGAUGAAGAUUGUACUGAGGAUAAUGGGGAUGAUGAUGAUGAAGAAUUCAUUCCUCCAGAUGUCAAUGGUGGCUCAUCUUCUGAUGGAGAUGAAGAAACAGUCUCAACUUCAAAAGAGCAGCUGCAGACCAAGAGUUUCUCCUGCAGCACCUGUGGAAAAUCACUGAGUUCAGAGGGUCAUUUAGCAAGACACGAGAGAACACACACAGAACCAAAACAGAAAGAUUACAACUGUAAGAUAUGCAACAUCAGCUUUCCUACCGUAGAAGAGAGGAAACUUCAUUUAAAAGAGCACAGCGGGAAGAAGGAGUUUCACUGCAAACAGUGCGGGAAAUUGUUUUUAAUUUUUUCUAAACUACUAGUUCACAUGAAUACACACCGUGAAAAGUCUUUCCACUGCAGCGAAUGCGACAAGUAUUACAGCACCAAAUUAAGUCUUGAUGCUCAUAAGCGAAUCCACACGGGAGAAAGACCAUACAAGUGUCCUCACUGCAAGAAGACCUACAACCACAUAUCACAUCUGAGGACACAUGUGCGUUUGCACACCAAUGAGAGACCGUUUCAGUGCAGUGAAUGCGAGAAAGCCUUCACAAACUCAAGCUCUUUAAAGUCACACCAGAAAAUCCAUUCUGACGAGAAACCGUUUCAGUGCAAACACUGCAACAAAGGAUUCCGUCAAAGAUCAUAUCUGAAUCUUCACGAGAGGAUUCACACCGGAGAGAAACCGUAUCUGUGCUCCUACUGCGGGAAGAGCUUUUCAAAUUCUACUCAUUUUAAAGAACAUCAGAGAAUCCACACUGGAGAAAAACCAUUUCAAUGCAGUGUUUGUGGCAAGAGUUUCCGAAGGGGUGUUGCUUUACAGAUGCACACAAUAAUUCAUAGCGGUGAAAGACCAUUUAAAUGCUUACAGUGUGAAAAGACGUUUGCUCGAUCUGACGUCCUUAAGGUCCAUCAGCGAGUUCAUACAGGAGAGAAACCUUACUCCUGCCCCAUCUGCGGCGAGAGAUUCGCUUAUUUAGGUAGUUUUCAGACCCACCAGAACAAACACGCUAAAGAACAAACUGCUCCAGAAUCAUCAGAGUGACUUUCAUGUCUUGGUCUGUCAGUAAAGGCUUUAUUUUGGCAGUUGCUUUCAUCAUUCAUGCCAAGUGAUAUAUGACAGUAACAUCAUACAAAUGAUGAUUUAAAUGUAAAACAUGAACCAUAUAUUAUACAACAGCUGAACUGGAUUUCUGAGCAGUGUUUAGUCCAGGAUCACUGAGUGAUUUCACUCUUCGUACAGUAGGCUAUUCCACACCAGAGAGUGAGUCGCGUUAUUUGUCAUUUUAUUUUAUUUUUUCAUUUACUUUGGAAAUAUUUUCAUUUAUGGAGCCAAGAGCAUGAACUAUUGGUUACAAACUGAUCACUCAACAUUAACAGUUAAUAAAAGAAUUAAAUAACUCCAACAAUUAUUAUGUACAUUACAUUUUCUACUCACAGUUGUCCUGAUGUGCAGAAUAUCAGUGUGGAUGCCACAGAAGGAGUUCAGGAGUUCACUGGAGAGAUUUGCUUUAUUAAAGCCCCCAAGAAAGAUUAGAACAAAGUCAGGGUGGUGUUGUUCUGUCUUGCAGUUAAUGAUUAGAGUUUCUAGAUAUGAAUAGCACAUCUUAUUUAACACUGUUACAUCUGUACUCCAACUUUCGUUGAUGUGAAAGCAUGUCUUGCUGCCUCACGAUUUCCCCGUUGAUUCUGGGAACAGCUGAAAGCCCAGCAGAUGGAGUGCGCUGUCUGGAAUGGUGUCGUUUAGCGAAGUUUCCAUAAAACACAGGGCAGCAGAGUGUGAGAAAUCCUUAUUUGUCUGGGACAACAGGAGUUUGUCCGUUUUGUUGGGUAGAGAGCGGAGAUUUGCCAGAUGGAUGCCAGGCGACAGCAUUCAAAAUCACGAGUGCGCCAGCUCUUUUUCCCCAUCUUCACGUCCUGAAGUGUGUGAUCAACACAGCUGCUCCACCGUCAAUAAUGUCCAGCAGAACAUCAGAAUAGUUGAAAAAUAUAUUGGGAGAUGUGUGGUGCUGAAUGUCCAGCAAUUUGUCCCUGGUGAGAAACUGAUUGCAGGAAUAUAACUAAAGACAGGACAAACGAACAAAAACAGAGCACAUCAAUCCUGUAUCAGCGCCAGCAAUGAAAAAUAUGAACAUUAAGCUAUUUUUUUUUCUUCAUUUUGAUGCACAGAUAAGAAAAUUUUAGGCUGCUACUUAUAACCGAUAAUUCUUUAAAUAUGAAAGCCGAUAACUAAUAUGUUGGCCGAUAAGUCUAAAUCCACAUUUUAACAUUAUUUGAGAGCUUGGUUACCAAAAAGAUAUCUGCAUUAAACAGUUCAACAUAAAUCAAACAUAAAGCAGCUUUACAGAUAAAUAAAAUAAUGCUUAUUUAAUGGAAACAAGUAACUGGACAACAUUGUGUAAAAAAAAAUAAUAAUAAGGCGAUAAGAUGGAGUGUGUUAAAAGAAGUCUAGUAUGUAAGGACUAUUGCCAGAGAUAUUGUCAAAAUCAUUAAAUAUUGUCAUUAUUAAGAGUUUGGCAUUUCCAAUUAAUGUAGACCUAUAAAUGCACACGUGAACUCGAACUAGGUCCACUGUGGAUGUGAUCUUCCUUUAACAACACGCUAAAAUAUGGGCGAACAAAGAUUCUGUUACAUUAUUUUACAUUAACUAAUGAUUUCAUUAUAUGAUACACUUGCCCUGCAGAUGUUGCAGUUCACUGUAUUUUCCAUUUCGAAGUGUUUCCAAUAAUAUUUCAAGCAUUUAAAAACAAUCAUGGUGAAAAGUGCGCAUCUGAAGCAUCUAUGCAGGAAAUAAUGCAUUAAAUACAGGGUCUAAGAUAUCAGCCACAUUAUUUUAUCGGUUUGUGACAUUAAUGUGAUAAAAAAAAUUUCCCCCGUAUACACUUUUUAUGUACUGAAUAUCUUACUUAAAAUAUAAAAAAAUGGGCUUAAUCAUAGAACAGCAAAAUAUCAUCUCAUAGAAAGGUAAAUGCUGUCAGGAUAAUGGUCAAUAGAAGAGUAAACAUAGAAUGAGACUCCACAUAACAAUCAAAAAGAACAAUUUUGUGUUCAAGCUGACCAUAACUACUGAAGACAGGCAAACAAUGGUCAUUUCCCAGUUUAAAAACCUCUAAAUAAGCCUUUAAAUGGCCUAGAAUCGAUCUGAGAGAUAAAAAAAAAAUGUCCAGACAAUAAAAGUGUGGCUUGUUUACGGACCCCUGUGCGCGUUUCUCAAUACAAAGUACACUGAUUUUGGACAGCAUCCUCGGUAGUUCAGACUUUGUGCAUUAGACUCGGGAGUGUGAUGUCCGCGAUGACGCAAAUCUGGUAAAUCUGCAAACAUUAACUUACUUGAUAACUUCAGUCAGCUGACCAUGGCUACUGCAAUUUUUCUCUCUGUAUAUUUACAAUAAAAUGAAGUGGGAUAUCAAAUACCACAGGAAAUGUGUAUAUACAGUCAUUACAAUAAAACUAAAUAUUAUAUAAAUGUGCCUUUUUUAUUUUCAUUUUAACAUAUAGAUAAAUUGAAUAGAGACCAAAGAUAACCUGUUAGAUUUACCCAAAACGAAUUAUACGUUAUGUUUAACAACUAAAGAGACAUCACAGCCAGCGGCACACAUCAGAAGGUCUAGCCGAGGUGAGGCUGCUCUCGGCGGAUACAUGAGGACUGAGCUCCCGCUGAUCGCGUGGAGCUGACCGUCUCUGAGAUCGGCGAUGUCUUUAUAAAUCAACCAUAGAUUUGAGUUUUAAACAACUACAUUCUCGCCUGAAAUACUUAAAAAAUUACACUUCAAGACACAAUAACAGUAAUAUUUUGAAAAUGAUCUGAAUAAAUGGUGGUUGAACCCAACCAAUGCUGCGUGAACUCAACCAAUCAGCAUGCUUAGCGCCCAAGUCCCGCCCCAGAAAGUUCUGGAACUUUGAAAAAGUAUUACCUCGCUAGCAGGGACUUUUUGAGGGGCAUUUUUUUAACCAAGACUUUAUUUAGUUCCUGGUUCCUGCAGUGGAAACACACCGAGUACCAAGCCAAAGUUCCUAGUUCCUGGGUAAAGUUCCUGCGGUGGAAACGCCUGCAAUUGACACCCUUCACAAGGAGGGUAAGCCACAAACAUUGCAAGAAAAGCUGGCUGUUUUGUCUCCUCUGGUCCAACAUGUUAGGUCAGGCCACACCUGCUCCACCACCAUCACACUUAACACCGGCAUACCACAGGGCUGUGUGCUGAGCCCAUUCCUCUACUCCCUCUACACCCACGACUACAAGCCUGUGCAUGGAUCCAACUCCAACUCCAUUAAGUUUACAGAUGACACCACGGUGAUUGGACUCAUCAGGAACAACGAUGAGACUGCCUACAGGGAAGAGGUACAUCACCUGGCCACAUGGUGCGCUGACAUAACCUGCUCCUUAACACCAGCAAGACAAAGGAGCUCAUUGUGGACUUCAGGAAGAAAAAAGGAAGCACACAUGACCCCAUCCACAUUAACAGGAUGGUUGUUGAACGUUUCUCCAGCUUCAAGUUGCUGGGAACCACCAUCUCUAAGGACCUGUCAUGGACUACAAACACCUCCAGGCUGGUCAAGAAGGCUCACCAGCGGUUCUUCAUCCUCAAGACACUGAAGAAGAACCAGCUGUCUUCAGCCAUCCUGGUGAACUUUUACUGGUGUGCGAUUGAGAGCAUCCUGUCCAGUUGCAUCACAGUCUGGUAUGGGAACUGCUCAGCUGCGAACCGCAAGUCACUGAAGAGGGUGGUGUAAACUGCCCAACGCAUCACAGGCACACCACUUCCUGCUAUUGAGGACAUCCAGAGGAAAUGCUGUCUACGUCGAGUUUGCAUAAUUCUCAAGGACUCCUCUCACCCUGACCAUAGACUGUUUAACCUCCUGCCUUCCGGGAGGCGCUUAAAGAGCCUCCGGACAAGCACCACAAGAUUCAGGAACACAUUUUCCCCACAGCUGUCUCCUUCCUGAACUCUGCCCUUCUAACUUCUAAAGAACACACUUCAUGUGUAACACUGUAAUUUACACAUUUUGCGUCAAUGCUGAAUAAAAUUGUGUAGAAAAGAAUAACCUGUUACACAUAUGUAUGUGUAGUUUAGAGAUUAAAACUACUUUGUUUACACACAUUAUUUAACACAAUAUGUGUAGACCGAUGUGUUUAACACUUUAUGCGUAGAUAUUAAAGACGUCCGUUAUUUAAAUUAGCUAGUGUGAUGUAAGGCUCUUUAUUAACAAAAGCAAUGUUUCCUGCACCUGUCUUUUUAAUACUGCGGGCACAUUUUGUGAAAUGUUGUGUCCAUAAAUUUAGCUGAAGCACAUUAGUCACGUAACUUUACCUUACAGUAAAUCAAUCAGCUUUCUGUUGGUUAGCGCGGCGAAAACGCAUUGAAAACUGUUUUCAAAUAGACAAUCUUUUCCCACUUUCACUCAAACUUCCCAAGAGUGAAGAGAACUUUACAAAUGACUGAAUUUAACACGCGGGAUAUCGCCCAGCAUGGUUAAUUAAUGUGACCGCACUUUUAGACUCUGUAUUUUACUCUGUUUUUGUCAAUAAAUAAAUGGUGCUAGCAA